CGACCUUUCACAUCUAUAUGCUACUUUGCUUGGUCGAGAAUUCUCUCAUACUACAUACUGCGCGCUGAACAUUUAACAGACUCGUCUCAGUAAGAGAUGUUCAGUUUAUGAUUACUCGUUCAUCAUGAAGGUACAGUUGAAAAGUGAAAGAGACGCAGCAACUUUAGAAGGAGGAUUACAACAGGAGAAACAGGAAUAUAUAAGCAAAGUCAACAAUAAUACCAAUUGUUGCAAGCAAUGGAUACGAUGCAUCAGAUUAAUAUUUUUAUUAGAACUGACGUUAUUUUUUGGAUGGGGUUGUUACAUGAUCUUACAGAGUUAUCAUUCCCGAGUAAUGGAAAAUGAGGAGAUUGCGGAUAUGCUCACUCGUGAGAGAUAUUUACCAGUGUUCCAAUCAGUGUCUGAAGUACAGAAAUUAGAUCUAACUACAAAAAUGUCUGUGACAUUUGUAAAACCGGAAAUCAUCACAGAUAAGCUAAAUAAUUUUCUAGGAGACAUAAAAUUGACUAAGGAACAGGGCAAGACAAUUGUAACAGAUGUAGAUAACAUAGUGCAAACGAGUACGCAGAAUUCUAUUAGCAUGUUGGAACCAAGUGAUAUCAAUAAUUCACCGAUGAUAUCACCUUCUGGAGAUUUAGUAUAUGACGAAGAAUUUAUAAAGAAUUUGAUGCCAUGGAAAAGUUCUUCGAACGGAUAUACAGAUAAAAUUAUUAUUAAUAACAACGAAGAUUCUGUUAUUUAUAAACAAUUUCUUGAGAAACUGCAAAAUAUAGCUAAAUCAGUAACAAUUAAUGAUUUAAAACAGUUUGAAAACAGUUAUGAUUUUAGUGAGAAUGAUAAAAGUUUGUGGAAACCUUGGGCUGACGAACAAGUAGAUACAUCUUUAGAAUCAAGUCUUAUUAUAUGUCCACCUUAUCAGUUAUCUGAAUCUUCUGGUAUAUCUUCAGAACAUUUGAUUAAAAGUUCUUUGAUUUCUCAAUCUGUACCAGUACCAGAAUUAUUAGAAAAAAUAAAAAAUAAUUUAAGUAACGAUAUAAAAAAUAAAGAUAAACAUGAUGCAGAUGAUAACAAUAUACUGAUCUCAGAAUUAUUUGAUACAUUUGCGUCCGGAAACAAUGAGCAUUUUUCGUUUGAUACACAGAUACCUAUCGAACAAAAUGUACAAGAUCAACAUUCGUCAGAAAUUAUUGCAAACACAAAAGAAGAAGAAGCAAAAUAUAAAUUAAUGAAGAAUAUUGAACCUAAUUUUGGGCUUUUGCAAUCAAAAAUACAAGACAUUGCAGAAUCUUCCACACCAAAUGUUAAAUUUCAGUGGUUUAAUGCGCUUCCUACUUUUGCAAACGAUCUACAAGUUGGAUUGAAAGAUAUAUCAGAAUCGAGCAAGAUACAAAAUUCAUCUUUAGAGAAUAUUAUUGAGAACACGGAGACUAAUACUUUGAUUCCAGAAAAAGAUAAAUCCCACAUUCAUUGCCAGACCGAAGUCGAAACAAAUGUUUUCAGAAUUAAAUGUUCUGAAAUAAUGAUUGACGAAGAAUGGAAUUUUGCUUCUUCUGAUGCACAUACAGAGGACUUUUCAAAUGUUAUUAAUUUCAAAGACAAUUUCGAUCUCUACAUGGAUUAUUAUAAUGAUGAUUACGAUAAUAAAGAUGAAAGCAAACAAUUGAAGGAUGAAUCAACUUCUAAUGAAAAUUUUGAUGAAAAGAUUGGAAGCUUGCAGCAUAGUGUACCUAAAGUAACUGACGCAGUUGAAUUACAAGGAAACAUGCCAGAUGUAAGAAGAUUAAAAAACACAUUUGAUUUUCUUUUCGAAAGAAAUUCUUUUGAUAAAACAGAAGUAGAUAAACACGAUGAAAUUAAUAAUCCCGAUAAAGAAAAAAUAAAACAAGAAAUAUCCUCUUCUUCUACAACGACAGCUUCCUUUACAAGUGAAUCUGAUUCCGUCGAUUUAAAUAAGGAGUGGAAUCCAUUGCUGGAGGUUUCCGAUACGCAACAACAAAAACAAUUAAAAGUUACAGAAGAACAAGAUCUUUUAAAUUCUAAAAAUGUUGAAACUUUUUUGAAAAGUAACGAACGCGUUUAUGACUUGGAAAAGAAACUAACUUCUAUAUUUAAUGAUGAAAUGUUAAAUAUUAUAAAGCAACUAUAUCCAUCAAAAAGUUCUUUUGAAGAUGAUUACUCAGAUAUUUGCAGCACUUCUCCUUAUUUCUGUUCCUUAUUUUCAAAUUUUCAAAAACGGCAGCAGCAAUAUGGCGAUUUAAAAAAAUUCUUGGAACAUAUACGUAAUCAUAAUAAUCCAUCUGAUAUAGGGGACGACUACAAUUACAGGAAGAAACGAAUGGCUGAUGACUUAACGGAAAAAUACGAACAAGUAUCUAAUACAUUGGAAGAAAUUAAUAAAAAUGUAAAUGUAUCACAAAAUUUGAAGAAACUUUUUCAAAAAAUGGAAGUUUUUGCAGCUUGCAUUGAUAGACUUCACGAACGUUUUCAUUUUCUUAAUAAUAAACUGGAUGAUGAUUAUGUUUCGAAUGAAUUUUCGAUGGAAACUAAUGAACAUCAAGAAUCAAACAUGAACCUAUGAAAGGUAAAUGAAAAAUGUAUAAUAUAUAUAAAUCCUUCUAUUUUUGUAUAUUAUGUUAAUUUUUUAUUUACUUCAUAAUUGAUUUAUAAAAAUAUUUAUGUCGAUUACACAUUCACACAUCUAUUAUAUUGUUAUAACUACAUUAUUAUAAUCAAAAAGAGAAGAAGAAAUAAUAGAUACGUACAUAUAUAUAUAUAUAUAUAUAUAUAUAUAUAUAUAUAUAUAUAAACAUUUCAAUUAUUUUUUUACCGCAUAUGUUAUUAUACUUAAUAUAUAUACUUAAUUAUGUAAUAUAAUUUAUGUAAUAUUUUUUCUCACACGAAAUUUGUUCGUAAAACCUGUGUAUAUUUGACAAAAGCAUGCCAUGGUAUAAUUAGUGCGUUGCUCAUAUGCCUGCGCAUAGGCCUUGAACUUAUUCAUGCUAAUUUGUUACGAUUUAUAUGUAGCUGCGUUAAUCCGAUAACGUUCCCAUGCGUUAGUUGAAUGACGAUUACAAUUGGUCGUUCGAUGAUUAUAAAACUGGCAAAGUAGGUCAGGCUCGUAAAUCCUUAGAAUAGUUCUUGAUUGUGCAUAAUCUUUUAAGAGUUACUUUUAUUUUAAAAUAAAUUCUAGAUUAUAAUUCUAUCUUGUUAUACAUUACAAAUAUCUUCUUUAGUACUUAUACAUGGCAAUGAAAUUGCUACCUAUGUCAUUAAUUAUUGAUUCAAUUGUGUUUCGUUUUAUUUGACGAAGAUAUUUAUUAUAUUUCGAGUUGACGUAUCAAUAUAUCGUUUAUUAAAAGUAUAUAAAACAUAUAUUUUUGAAAAUUUCACAACAUCGUAUAUCAGUCCAAUUAAAAUAUAAAAUGGAAUGUUUAAUAAAGUAUGAUAGCUGAUCUUA